AAUUCCCAUCGGGCCGUGCGAAUUCUCCCGGGGCAGUCCUAAACCAGAACCCUUUAAGUAGGAGUGUCUGGUCAGAGGCUGGUCAGUGGCGAAAAGAGUGAGUGUAGUUACUUAUCAUCGUUUCUUCUUCUGGAAAGUCUUCAAGAGGGAAGGAUUAGCAUGUCGUCCAUAAUCAGAAAGGUGAUCAGCACCGCAAAAGCCCCGGCACCUGUUGGUCCCUACAGCCAAGCUGUGCUAGUGGACAGGACCGUUUACGUGUCUGGGCAGGUGGGCAUCGAUCCUUCCAAUGGACAGCUUGUGCCAGGAGGGGUAGUAGAAGAAGCUAAACAGGCUCUUAAAAACGUGGGUGAGAUUCUGAAAGCUGCAGGCUGUGACUACACUAAUGUGGUAAAAACAACUGUUUUACUGGCUGACAUGAAUGACUUUGGCACUGUCAAUGAGAUCUACAAAACAUAUUUCAAAGGUUGCCUUCCUGCCAGGGCUGCUUACCAAGUCGUCGCUUUACCCAAAGGAAGUCGAAUUGAAAUCGAAGCAGUCGCGGUCCAGGGGCCUUUCACCACUGCAUCACUCUAAGUAGCCAUGCUGAUGUUGACUCUGGAGUUUUUAGAAUGGCUUUCACACUUUAAUUUUUACAAAUGAUGCUGGGAAGUAUAAGCAUGACCAGAGUGGUUGAAGUUAUUCUGGAAAUGACCAAAUAUGUGGAGAUUUGACCUUAAUUGGCAAUUAUUCAGUACAGAUAAUAUUGCUCUAAUGGAAAUAAAAAUAGAUGUGUAACUUUC